CUUUCAUCCUCAAUAUUCUACAAUGUCACCAGAGAGUAACGUACCAGGGGGGACUGCGUCUCAUGUGUUCGCAGGUGUCCUCCUAGACUUUGACGGCACCAUCAUUGAUUCAACAGAGGCCAUUGUCGAGAAUUGGAGAUUAGUCGCACUUGAAUUGGGGGUUGACCACCAGGAGAUCCUUCGUACCUCGCACGGAAGACGAAGCAUUGAUGUCCUGCAACAGCUAGAUCCCACAAAGGCGAACUGGGAAUAUGUCAGCGCUAUGGAAGGGAGAGUUCCCUUCCUGUGCAAAACCCCCGCUGUCGAGGUCCCCGGAGCCCGCAGGCUACUCGAAUCAUUAAACAAAUACCAGAUUCUCAAUGCUAUCGUGACAUCGGGGACCAGAGCAUUAUUAGACGGAUGGUUGAAGGUGCUCCAACUCCCACAACCACGGGAGAUCACUGUGGCAGAGGAUGUUAAGCUCGGAAAGCCCGAUCCAGAGGGGUAUUCCAAGGCAAGGACGAAGCUUUUGCUUUCGCAGAGGGAGAAAGGAUGCAGGGACGUUUUAGUAAUGGAAGAUGCCCCGGCAGGUAUCCGGGCGGGGAAGGCGGCCGAGUGUAAGGUUUUGGCUGUUGCGACGACUCAUAGUGUGGAGGAAUUGAAGGCUGCUGGGGCGGACUGGGUGGUCAAAGAUCAUCAGUCAGUGGAGGUGGAGGUGGGCCCAGACGGGAGCUUCCGGUUCAAUUUUCACGGGUUGUUAUAG